GUGACGGUAAGUCCCAGUAAGUCCGAACCGCCAUGGAUUGAGAAGCUACUCGGUCGUUCGGCUGACUUAUUUUUUUUAGUUUUUCUACAUUUUUCAAGAAUAUAUCCAAAGUCCAAUAAGCCAAAGCAAUAUUUCAGAGAUUAGCUAGGACAGUCUCAGCAGAUGUUGCUGAUCAUGAUGUCUCACUUAAAAUUCUUAAUUCUCUUUCUGUGCUUGACAUCUGUCUUAACCUUUUCUACCAAAAAGAGCAUGAAUUCAAGUGAGAAUUUGAUCGAUCGCGUAGGACCUAUUCAAGAGACCAAUUUGACAAUGAAUUCAACCUCUGUAACAUAUGAUCCCACGGUUGUCGCGUCAGCACCGACCAAGGAAAUCGCGGCUAAUCACACAAUUAAUAAAUAUAUUUUGGCCGAAGGAGGUCCUGUACCUGUUCCAAAAUCAUCAAGCUUGGAGAAUACUGCCUUGGCUGAUGGUGUAAAUUUAUCUUUUCGGAAUUUGACACACUUUACCAGGGAAAAUACAUCCAAUGAAGAAAAUACCAAACCUUCUGUGGUACCUAGAAAGGGUGUGGAACCAAAGGUAGUCCCAUGGAAAUGGGCUGGAAGAAUGUCAGAUCCUUUGGCUAGCAGUAUGGAAGAAUCAGAACCUGAUAAGAACUUAAAUCAAAAUGUAUCAGAAGACACAACAAUUUCUAGCAACAUGGGUUCUUUUGUUUCAAAAGAAUAUAAGUUUCGCAAUAAUAUAACAGAUUUAAACUCAACGAGAAUAUUUUCAACAACUAAUUUUAAAGAAGUCAACAAGACUAUCGAGGCUGGAGUAGUGACACCUCAAAUAAAUGCUACUCAAGCACCCAAGAGACACAAGCCUAAACCCACAGCAACAGUAGGUGGAUCAGAUGAGGAUAAACCAAUACCAGCUUCACCUACAAAAACUUCCCCUCUUGGGAUGCCAAGGAAAAUUGAUUAUAUCGUACCGGUGGUGAUUACGAUUAUGGCAGUACCUCUGCUGGGCCUUGCUGCGUUUGUCCUCUACAGGAGGGGAAGAGACUGCUGGGACAAGAGGCACUACAGAAGAAUGGAUUUUCUGAUCGACGGCAUGUACAAUGAUUGGAGUUCAAAGGGACAUGCAUUUCCUGACUCAGAGUAGCGUCUAAUGUCGUGUCAUCUUGAGGUUGCACUGAAUACUGCUCGAAUU